GAGUCAGCCGCGUCUGUGAAGCUGAAGAGGAGGAAUGUAUCGUUUCUUUGUGAAACUAAUAUUUCUGAUUCCGGCAAUCGUCAUCUCACAAGGCCUGAAAUGCUCCCUGCCCACUGAGUCCUGCCUGAAUGGAGGAAGAUGUGAAGCAACCUCGAGUGGAAACGGAGAAUGCAAGUGUCCCAGCGACUACGUGGGCAACCGAUGCCAGUACCCGAGCCCGUGCAGCCCCUCGCCCUGCCGCAACGGCGGCGAGUGUCGGGCCAUCUCCCACGGAAACACCUUCGAUUUCCGCUGCGUGUGCCGCCUGGGUUUCACCGACCGGCUGUGCCUGACCCCCACCAACCACGCCUGCAUGAGCUCCCCCUGCCGAAACGGGGGCACGUGUGAUCUGAUUACCCUCUCCUCCUACCGAUGCCACUGCCCGCCCGGGUGGUCAGGCAAGUCCUGCCAGAUCGCCAACCCGUGCGCCUCAAACCCGUGCGCCAACGGCGGCCAGUGCUCAGCCUUCGACUCCACCUACAUCUGCACCUGCCCGCCCGCCUUCCACGGCCAGACCUGCAAGCAGGACGUGAACGAGUGCGCCCAGAUGCCCUCGCCGUGCCUGAACGGCGGCGUGUGCGUGAACGAGGUGGGCUCGUUCCACUGCCGCUGCCCCCAGGAGUACACCGGGCCGCGCUGCGAGACGCUCUACAUGCCGUGCAGCCCGUCGCCGUGCCAGAACGGAGGCACCUGCGUCCAGAAGGGGGAGACCACCUACGACUGCAGCUGCCUUCUGGGAUUCACAGGCCAGCAGUGCGAGCACAACAUCGACGACUGUCCAGGUCACAACUGCCAGAACGGCGGCGUGUGUGUGGACGGGGUGAACACCUACAACUGCCAGUGCCCGCCUCACUACACAGGCCAGUACUGCACGGAGAACGUGGACGAGUGCGAGCUGAUGCCCAACGCCUGCCAGAACGGCGGCACCUGCCACGACACGCACGGCAGCUACCACUGCGUCUGCGUCAACGGCUGGACGGGCGACGACUGCAGCGAGAACAUCGACGACUGCGCCAGCGCCGCCUGCUACCACGGCGCCACCUGCCACGACCGCGUGGCCUCCUUCUUCUGCGAGUGCCCUCACGGCCGCACGGGUCUGCUGUGCCACCUGGACGACGCCUGCAUCAGCAACCCCUGCCAGAAGGGCUCCAACUGCGACACCAACCCCGUCAACGGGAAGGCCAUCUGCACGUGUCCGCCAGGUUACGCCGGCUCGGCCUGCAACUUGGACAUAGACGAGUGCUCCCUCGGCGCCAACCCCUGUGAGCACGGCGGCCGCUGCCUCAACACCAAAGGCUCCUUCCAGUGUAAGUGUCUCCAGGGAUAUGAGGGGCCUCGCUGCGAGAUGGACGUCAACGAGUGCAUGUCCAAUCCCUGCCACAACGACGCCACCUGUCUGGACCAGAUCGGAGGCUUCCACUGCAUCUGCAUGCCAGGCUAUGAGGGUGUGUUCUGUCAUAUCAACACGGACGAGUGUGCCAGCCAGCCGUGUCUCAACAACGGCAAGUGCGUGGACAAGAUCAACUCCUUCCACUGCGAGUGCCCGAAAGGUUUCUCUGGGAGUCUGUGCCAGGUGGAUAUAGACGAAUGUGCCAGUACUCCCUGCAAGAACGGAGCUAAAUGCACCGACGGACCCAACAAGUACACGUGUGAAUGUGCCGAAGGCUACACCGGGCAGCACUGCGAGACCGACAUCAACGAGUGCUACUCGGACCCCUGCCACUACGGCACCUGCAAGGACGGCCUGGCCUCCUUCACCUGCUACUGCCGGCCCGGCUACACCGGCCGCCUGUGCGAGACCAACAUCAACGAGUGCCUGAGCCAGCCCUGCAAAAACGGCGGCACCUGCCAGGACAGGGAGAACACCUACAUCUGCGCCUGCCCGAAAGGCACUGCCGGUUUCAAUUGCGAGGUGAACCUGGACGACUGCAAGAGCAAGCCCUGCGACUACGGACGCUGCAUCGACAAGAUCAAUGGCUACGAGUGCGCAUGUGAACCCGGCUACACAGGAGCGAUGUGCAACAUCAACAUCGACGACUGCGCCAUCAAUCCCUGCCACAACGGAGGCACGUGCGUCGACGGCAUCAACAGCUUCACCUGUCUGUGCCCGGACGGCUACAACGACGCCACCUGCCUGUCGCAGGUGGACGAGUGCAGCAGCAACCCCUGCAUCCACGGCCGGUGCCAGGACCUCAUCAACGGGUACAAGUGCACCUGCGACUCUGGCUGGAGCGGCCAGAACUGCGACAUCAACAACAACGAGUGUGAAUCCAACCCCUGCAUGAACGGCGGCACCUGCAAGGACAUGACCAGCGGCUACCACUGCACCUGCCGGGCCGGCUUCACCGGGCCGAACUGCCAGACUAACAUCAACGAGUGCGCCUCCAACCCCUGCCUCAACCAGGGCACCUGCAUCGACGACGUGGCCGGAUACAAGUGCAACUGCUUGUUGCCUUACACUGGUGACAACUGUGAGACCCUGCUGGCCCCCUGCAGCCCCAGGCCCUGCAAGAACGGUGGGAUUUGUAAGGAGUCUGAGGACUACCAGAGCUUCUCCUGCAUCUGUCCCGAAGGAUGGCAAGGCCAAACGUGUGAGAUCGACAUCAAUGAGUGUGUGAAGAGCCCGUGCCGCAACGGUGCCGUCUGCCUCAACACGAUGGGGGGCUACCAGUGCAAGUGCCUGCCGGGUUACACCGGUCAGAAGUGCGAGACGGACAUCGACGACUGCAAACCAAAUCCCUGCAGCAACGGCGGUCUGUGCCGCGACGGCGUCAACAGCUUCACCUGCACCUGCCUGCCCGGGUUCCGCGGCGGCAGAUGCGAGCAGGACAUCAACGAGUGCGAGAGCAACCCCUGCAGGAACGGGGCCAACUGCACCGACUGUGUCAACAGCUACACCUGCACCUGCCCGCCCGGGUUCAGCGGGAUCAACUGUGAGAUCAACACCAACGACUGCACCGACAGCUCUUGCUUCAAUGGCGGCACAUGCGUGGAUGGAAUCAACUCCUUCACCUGCCUGUGUCUGCCCGGCUUCACCGGCAGCUACUGCCAGUACGACAUCAACGAGUGCGACUCCAAGCCGUGCCUCAACGGGGGCACCUGUCUGGACAGCUAUGGGACGUACAAGUGCACCUGCCCUCAUGGCUACACGGGAGUUAACUGUCAGAAUCUCGUCCGCUGGUGUGACUCUUCCCCCUGCAAGAACGGAGGUUCGUGCUGGCAGCAGGGGGCCUCUUACACUUGUCAGUGCCAGACCGGAUGGACGGGCCUCUAUUGUGACAUCCCCAGCGUCUCUUGUGAGGUUGCAGCCAAACAGCAAGGUGUUGAAGUGGCUCACUUGUGCAGGAACUCGGGCCAGUGUCUGGAUGCUGGAAACACACAUUACUGCCGCUGCCAGGCCGGCUACACCGGGAGUUACUGCCAGGAGCAGGUGGACGAGUGUUCGCCCAACCCCUGCCAGAACGGAGCCAGCUGCACCGAUUAUCUUGGGGGUUACAGCUGUGAGUGUCUCCCUGGUUACCACGGCGUGAACUGCUCCAAAGAGAUCAAUGAAUGUCAGUCGCAGCCCUGCCAGAACGGGGGGACCUGCAUCGACCUCAUCAACACGUACAAAUGCUCCUGUCCAAGAGGAACACAGGGUGUCCACUGUGAGAUCAACCUGGACGACUGCAACCCGUCCAGCGACCCCCUGACCAACGAGCCCAAGUGCUUCAACAACGGCAAGUGUGUGGAUCGCAUCGGAGGCUACCAGUGCGUGUGCCCGCCGGGCUACGUGGGCGAGCGCUGCGAAGGCGACGUCAACGAGUGUCUGUCGGACCCCUGUGACCCCAGAGGCUCCUACAACUGCAUCCAGCUCACCAACAGCUACCGCUGCGAGUGCCGUACCGGAUACACAGGUCAGCGUUGUGACAAAGUGUUUGACGGCUGCAAAGGAAGACCCUGCAGAAACGGAGGGACCUGCGCCGUCGCCAGUAACACGCCUCACGGCUUCAUCUGCAAAUGCCCUCCAGGCUUCACUGGCUCUUCCUGCGAGUACGAUUCUCGCUCCUGUGGGAAUCUGAAUUGCAGGAAUGGCGGGACGUGCGUGUCCGGCCACCUCGGCCCACGCUGCCUCUGUCCCUCCACCUUCACCGGGCCCGAGUGCCAGACGCCCACCGACAGCCUCUGCAUCUCCAACCCUUGUUACAAUGGCGGCACGUGCCAGAUCACUCCCGACGCGCCGUUCUUCCACUGCAGCUGCCCCAGCAACUUCAACGGCCUGCUGUGCCACAUCCUGGACUACUCCUUUGUGGGCGGGCUGGGCCGGGAUAUCACCCCGCCUCCGGAAGUGGAGGUGAGCUGCGAGAUUCCUCAGUGUGACGAGUGGGCGGGGAACCACAUCUGCGACUCGCUGUGUAACAACCACGCCUGCGGCUGGGACGGCGGAGACUGCUCGCUCAACUUCGACGACCCGUGGCAAAACUGCUCAGCGGCCCUGCAGUGCUGGCGCUACUUCAACGACGGGAAGUGCGACGGCCAGUGUAACAGCCCUGGCUGUCUGUAUGAUGGAUUUGAUUGCCAGGGACAGGAAGGACAAUGCAACCCUCUCUAUGACCAGUAUUGUAAAGACCACUACGCUGAUGGCCACUGCGACCAGGGCUGCAACAAUGCUGAAUGUGAAUGGGACGGCCUGGACUGUGCCAACAACAUGCCGGAGAAACUCGCCGACGGACAUUUAGUUCUGGUCGUUCAUAUUCCGCCGGAAGUGCUUAAAAACCGCUCGUCGUCCUUCCUGAGAGAGCUCAGCAGCGUCCUCCACACUAAUGUGGUCUUUCGCCGCGACGCCAAAGGGGAACCCAUGAUCUUCCCUUACUAUGGCAACGAGCAAGACCUGGUGAAGCACAGCGUGCUGAAGCGCUCUGCGGACGGCUGGCCCGAAUGGGCCUCCGUGCCGUCCAGUGUUCUGGACCAAGUGAAAGAAAGCGUCUCCUCGAUAGUGACCUCACGGAAACGUAGAGAACUGGAUCCUUUACAAGUCAAAGGCUCUGUGGUGUACCUGGAGAUUGACAACCGCCAGUGCUACCAGCAGUCCACCGAAUGCUUCCAGAGUGCUACGGAUGUGGCUGCCUUCCUCGGAGCGCUGGCUACCAGUGGGAAUCUCAACGUCCCCUAUAUUGAAGCUGUCACAAGUGUGAGACCUACGCCCAACAACUCGGGCCUCUACCCCAUGUAUGUGGUUUUCCUGGGCCUGGCAGCGCUCGGUUUUGUCUGCCUCGGCGUUCUGGUGUCCCGCAAGCGGCGACGAGAACACGGCCAGCUCUGGUUCCCAGAGGGGUUCAAAGUAUCGGAGCCCAGCAAAAAGAAGCGCAGGGAGCCACUCGGAGAGGAUUCGGUCGGACUCCAGCCAAUGAAAAACUCUGAUAUUAAUCUGAUGGAUGAUAAUCAAAAUGAGUGGGGCGAUGAUGAUCCCGACUGCAGACGCUUCAAGUUUGAGGAGCAGGUCAUGUUGGAUCUGGGUGACCGUACCGACCACAGGAAAUGGACACAGCAGCACCUGGAUGCAGCUGACCUGCGCAUUGCUUCGAUCGCCCCGACGCCUCCUCAGGGAGAGAUAGAAAAUGACUGCAUGGAUGUCAACGUCCGAGGACCAGAUGGUUUUACGCCCCUGAUGAUCGCCUCCUGCAGCGGCGGGGGACUGGAGACCGGCAACAGCGAAGAGGAAGAGGAUCCGUCUGCAGAAAUCAUCUCCGAUUUCAUUUACCAAGGCGCCAAUCUCCACAACCAGACCGACCGCACGGGCGAGACAGCCCUCCACCUGGCUGCCCGCUACGCCCGCUCAGACGCCGCCAAGCGCCUCCUGGAGUCCAGCGCCGACGCCAACGUUCAGGACAACAUGGGCCGCACUCCCCUGCACGGCGCCGUGUCUGCGGACGCACAGGGAGUCUUCCAGAUUUUAAUUCGGAACCGCGCCACUGAUCUCGACGCCCGCAUGCACGAUGGAACGACGCCGCUGAUCCUGGCGGCCCGGUUGGCCGUUGAGGGGAUGGUUGAAGAGCUUAUCAACUGCCACGCUGACGCCAAUGCCACCGAUGAUUCUGGCAAAUCCGCGCUCCACUGGGCCGCGGCUGUGAAUAACGUGGAGGCCGCCAUGGUGCUGCUGAAAAACGGUGCCAAUAAAGACAUGCAAGACAACAAGGAAGAGACGCCGCUCUUCCUCGCGGCGCGUGAAGGCAGCUUUGAGACGGCUAAAGUCCUCCUGGAGCACUUCGCUAACCGUGAGAUCACGGACCAUCUGGACCAGCUGCCCAGAGACAUUGCCCAGGAGCGCAUGCACCACGACAUCGUCCGGCUCCUCGACGAGUACAACGUGGUCCGGAGCCCGGGGCUUCACAGCACCCCCAUCAGCGCCUCCAGCCUCUCGCCGCCGCUCUGCUCGCCCAACGACUAUCUGGGCAACCUCAAACCCAACCUCUCCGUCAAGAAAGUCCGUAAACUGAGCUCUGGUGGAAAGGGGAGCAAGGACGGGGGCAAAGACUCUCGUCAGAAGAAGAAGAAGUCUGUGGAUGGGAAGGGCAACCUGUUGGACACCUCAGCGGUCCUCUCUCCGGUGGAUUCGCUUGAGUCUCCCCACGGAUACCUGUCGGAUGUGGCUUCUCCUCCCAUGCCGUCACCCUUUCAGCAGUCCCCACCGAUGUCUCUAAAUCAUUUACAAGGCAACGGAGACUCCCACAUGGGCCAGAUGAGUAUGGGGAAAGAUCUGGCCUGCAUGUCUUUUGACCCAAAUGCACCCCGCCUGUCCCACCUGCCGGUGUCCAGCCCCAGCAGCCAGGGCUCCACGUCCAUGGGCGGCGGCAGAGGAGGCCAGUGUGACUGGGUGUCCAGGAUGCACCCGGGCGUCGGCCAGCAAGGAAGCUUUAACCCGGCGCCAGCCAUCGCUCACAACAUCAUGGGAGCGCUGCACAGCGUCAGCACUGCCACGCUCUCUCAGAUCAUGGGCUACCAGAACCUGCAGACCAGCCACCUGGGCUCGUCGGCGCACAUGAUGCAGCAGGCCCACACCCGGCAGCUGCAGCACCAGAACUCCAGCUCCGCGGCGGCGGCUGCGGCGGCGGCCGGCCAGUCGCUCGGCCAGAGCUUCCCCAGCGUGGAGCUGAACGGCUCCGACAUGCCGCAGCAGAACAGCGGCUCGGGCCGCUCCAUGCCCAUCCACACGGUGAUGCCGCAGGAGACGCAGAUCCUGGGCACGCAGUUCCUCACGCCGCCCUCCCAGCACAGCUAUUCGGGCCCCAUGGACAACACGCCCAGCCACCAGCUGCAGGUGCCCGACCACCCCUUCCUGACGCCCUCCCCCGGCUCGCCCGACCAGUGGUCCAGCUCGUCCCCACAUUCCAACAUGUCCGACUGGUCGGAGGGCAUCUCCAGCCCGCCCACGAGUAUCCACUCGCAGAUGAAUCUGAUCCCAGAUCAGUUCAAGUAAAGACUUGUGAAAUGGACCGAACUUUUCAGUGGAAUAAAUAAACAGUAAACAGAAAGUUCACACAGAGGGAGCGAGCGGCAGACUCUCAAGAUUCAGGAUACUCACUUGUUUCUAUCAGUUUUUAUACUAAUGACAAGAACGGUUUUAGGAAUUUUGUAUUUAUUUAUGUGCAUUUUUUCUGUCUUUCUUUUUUUUUUUUUUUAAGAAGAUGCUUUUAUAUUUAUGCUUUUUAUUUUUUUUUUGUUUAUGUAUUGUAAGGUUAGAAACCAUUGACGAGGAGUAUUUAUGAGAAAACAGGACUCCUUCAUGUGUACACUGGCUAUUUAUUUGUGUUUUGUGUUAAAUAUUCACUGGAUUUAUUUGAAUCUUUUGGCGCAUCGGUCUUUCCCGCAAAUUUUAUUUUUUGGUUGUGCGUUGCUUUAUGUUUGUACAGACUUUUUUUUUUUUCAACUUUAUAGAUUACUUUUAAGAUUUCAGUAUUAAUUAAUUCUAUUUUAAUCUGCGUUGUCUUUUUAAAUGACAGGUUUUGUUACUGAACUAUAUUUUCACUAAGUCUUAUCACUGAGUCUGUUAGAUGUUGAUCAAAUAUAUAUAAAUUAAUAAAUAUCACCGUGUCUCUUAACAAAAAUGAUUAAGACAGUAAUUUAGCGAAAGUAGCAGAAAUAUUUUACUUUUGGAGAUUUUGGACCUUAAAGCACAGGACGAAAAUAAAUGCUUUUCAAAAUGAACGGAAAAGUAUCUGGUAAAAUCUGAGCCUAUUUAUAUUGAAUUAUGGUCUGUGUGCGCUGGGCAAUUGAUUUGUGAUUGCUUAUGAUGAAAGGAUGGUUUCUUCAUUUCAUAUUAGUGUCUCAAAUCAAUGAUUAUGGUUACCGUGUUUAACCUUUCAAGUGUUACAUUGCAGACCUUUUGUAGAACUUUGAAAUGUUACAUUUGCCACAAGUUAAAUAGUGCCAGUGUGAUUUUUGUUUUUCUUACGAAAAGCAAUGCAUUUGUGAGAUUUCUUGU